CGAAUGCCGAUCGCGGCGUCCUGUGUUCGUGCAGCAUCUCCCACAAUAUCACUCACGAAGACUCAAACGCCCAUGAUCACCGUGCGUGGGGCGGACAGCCUCGAGGCCCUCAACCGAUUUUCAUCAACUCCCAGCUCGGACGGCACACCUGAUAUAAAGGCUCAUACUGGGCCCUUCUGAGCCAUGUCCGCACUUCUCAGACUUGAAGCAUGGCGACAAACACCACUGGCCCGGGCGUUCUCGACGACUCUCAAAGGUACGAACAUCCAUUCACCUUGCAAGGCGACUGGGAAGCCCGCCAUGUACCGAACAGUCCACUCAAGAAACACGUCCCGCGUACCCUCAUUGAAUAUCGCAUGUGUGCACUCAGCGCAGCCAUACGCGAUAAGCCCGAUUGGCACAUCAAAUUCCACGACGAGACCAUUAGGGAGAAGUGGAAGAAGGAAAUUCGAGAGCAGCAAGUGCAGAUGCAUCCGUGCUUGCAGCUCACCGAGAAUAUGAUCAACUACAUUUUUGGUGAGUUGGAAGCGUAUGCCUCCCUUCGUGACCCAGAGACCGGCAUUCAGCCCGGUCCCUACGAGCGGAUAUGGCAGUCGGACCAAGUCAUCCCCGCGUCUCUGCGAGCUGCUGUCAUCUCUGCCGCGGCAGCUCUUGAGUCUGUGCCCGACGACAAAAAGGACUGGCAUCCGGGUUCCGACGAGAAAGUACUCGACCUCGUCCACCCAUCUCUUUACCCCGUCAUCUACGGACGCACCGUCUCUAAUGCAUCUGGAAUCCCACUCGUGCCGCGGCCGUCUUCUGUCAAGAAGAUGUUCAUCUCGGAGCGCUUCCAAUGGUUGCCUUCGGACUUCGACGUCGCGGACGACGGUACUGUCACGCUCGCGUCGCCAUACAUCAACAACAUACACCCGGAGGACCACAAGCCGCUUAUGGACGUGAUCCCGAAAGUACUCGAGAAAGCAGUGCCGAUGUUCGAAUGGGUGCUCUCUGAGCUCGCACGGCAACACCAGCUCCCGACGCGGCUCGACUACGGCGGCAAGGGUCUUCUCGGAUGCAUCUGGGCAGGAGGCCGGGAGCCGCAGCCAGAUGACAAGGCUAUGCAAGUCAUUUACUCUAAAGCCGGCGUCUUGUAUGAUGUUGUAUGGAAACCUUGGGUAGCCGAGCGCGACCGCUGGCAGGACGCUGCCUACGCCCGCUGGAAGGAGGAGCACCCCAAUGACGACGUCGAGUAUGAAGCACCGGAAUAUGAGCCGUUUCCGGAUCGGGGCUACUUCAGUCGAUCUUAUGGUAAAUGGCUCGACACGCUGCCGCACACCUGGCCGGACAGCAAGCCGGCGUAUGAGGAUGGGCUUGUGACGGUUAAAAAGACGGUUGGUCUGAAGGGGAGACGGUUGCAGGUGAUAGUCAAGUUGGCGAAUAUCGUGUUGACGCCGGAGAAGCCGCAAUAUGGAGGUGGAACAUGGCAUGUGGAAGGCAUGGACAAUGAGGCGAUCGUGUCAACAUUCAUAUAUUAUUACGAUUGCGAGAACACCACUGAGUCUACUCUGUCUUUCCGCACCGCGACGCAAGAGCCGGACUAUCAUAACCAAUACGAUUAUUACUGCCUGAAGCACCUAUAUGGCAUUGACAGCGACGAGCUUUGCGUGCAAGUCGUCGGACGCGCGGUGACGAAAGAACACCGCUGCCUCGCUUUCCCAAACAUCUACCAGCACCUCGUCUCGCCGUUCCACCUCAAGGACAAGAGCAAGCCGGGCCAUCGCAAGAUCCUCGUGUUCUUCCUCGUCGACCCCAACAUCAAAGUGCCGUCCACGUCCGACAUCGGCCCACAGCAGGAGGGGUGGAUUCGAGCCGCUUUAGAAAGCACGCAGCUGUGGCAGAGGCUGCCCUCGGAGCUGCGUGAAUCGGUUUUGGAGAGAUUGGGUGCGGUGACGGAGGAACAGGCGAAGAAGUAUAGAGAGGAGCUGAUGAAGGAGCGGACGGCGUGUUUGCAGACGGUGGAUGGACAGAGGUUCGGGAAUCUGUUCAAUCUGUGUGAGCAUUGAGUGUGGCGGGAGGCCAAGCCGCACCAACGCGAGACCUCCAUCAGUGAGGCAGCGGGGUGUUGUACCCCUGCUCAAGCGUACCACACCAAUACUCCUGUACUUGCCUCUAUCCGAUUCCGACGCGCUGUAUUGCCAUGACAGUCUGUCAUUAUACACAUCGUCUGACA